GUGGGGGGGCCACGUAGGGCAGCCUGGGAAGAUGGAAAGGGCUACCCAUAAUGCCCCCCCCAAGCCCAGCUGCCCAGUGAGUGAAGGGGAAAAGGACUCUGGAUUUUCAGACAGGAGCUCGGAGGGCCUGAGUGGGCAGACGGACACUGAGGACCUGGCCAGCCCCCUCCGUCCCCCGGGGCCGGCCAAGCCACAGAAAGCGAGGGGGGGGCUCCUGGGUGGCGCCUUUCCUGGUGGGCUCACCCCUCUUUACCUCAUCAAGGACGGGAUCCUCGAACAGACCCUGGGAGUGCCCCCCACGACUCCCUUCCUGGCCUGGAGCAACCAGCGCCCCCUGGAGAAUGCCCACGGCUCUGCCGCCCACCUCCUCCUCCUCCAGGAGCCCAUGGCCUCACUGACGCCCAUGCCCCCCAGCCAGAAGCCCUCUGCCCAGAAGAUCGGCUUCCCCACCCUCGGCGCUUACCCCAGAAUUGCUGCUCAUCCCAGCUGGCAGGCCGAGGAAGCCCCCAGACCAGCGGCAGAGCCCAGCGGGCACAAGUGGUUCUACGUGGGGGAGGCCUGGGCGUCUCCAGAAGCCCCCACCGCAAAGGACAGCCGUGAGGAAUCGCCGGCGGAGUCUCCCGCCAGCCCACAGACCUCUGCCCUCGUGUGCCCGGAGGCAGCCGCUCGGCCCAUCCCGUCCUGUGCUGGGCUACCCCCUGGUGGGGGCAGGACGGCUGCUAAGGGCGCCCGGAUGCUCAGGGGACGCAGCCUGGAGAGGCAGCACCGCCUGCACAACACGGUGGAGAUCCUGCGCAGGUCGGGGCUGCUGGGCAUCACGCUACGGACCAAGGAGCUGCUCCGGCAGAACGGCAGAACCCAGCGGGAACUGGCCCAGCUGCGGGAAGAGGCCCAGCUGCUGUGCGAGGCUGCCCAGAGCAGCGACUCCCGGGUGUGGGCUCGCCUCCAGGACGCCAUCGGCCGCUCGGCAGCCCCCUGCCCGUCCAGCAAGGGGGGCAGCGCUCAAGCCCACUCGGGGCAGCAGCCGAAUUUAGCCGCUCAGCCCACAGGCCUCCUCCUGCCCAGCCCUGUGGAGUUCUUGUCCGGCUCUGGACCGGCCCUUGGCCCAGAGACCCCCUUGCCGGUGGCUCUGCCUUAG